UCUCUACAAAUAAACCACAAUAAGGAAACGAAGCAAUGCUACAGUGAGCACUUCCAUCAUCCUCUCCAGAGAGCGAGCAUGCCGUCGCCGGCGAUCCUCCGGCCAUGGACGACCGCCAUGAACGCCCGCUCCUUCUCUCAAUCAACCUCAAUUCCGAAGAAGCUCCAGCGCGUCCGCGAUCACGCCUUCGACGACCACAUGGAGAUCCAGAAGAAGGUCCGCCGCGCUCUCAAGCUCCAAGAGUUCAUCCUCUCCCACCCCUCCCACUCCCUCCCCGUCUCCCGCCUUGACGCCCUUGCCCGCCGCCACGCCGCCUUCGCCCCCCACGAAUCCGGCUCCUUCCUCCUCCGCCACCCCCACGUCUUCCAUGUCUUCGAGCACCCCGUCCAGCGCGUCCUCUGGACGCGCCUCACUCCCCGCGCCAUCUCCCAGCUCCGAUCCGAGUCCUCCGCUCUUGUUUCCGCACUUCCUUCCACCGUUCUCCGCCUCCGCAAGCUUCUCCUCCUCUCCUCCCCUCGCCGCCGCCUCCGGCUCGAGCACGUCCGCCUUUCCCACCGCGAUCUCGCCCUCCCGGAAGACUUCGAGUUCUCUGUCGUCCUCGCCAACCCUCAAUUCUUUCGCCUUGUUUCUCCUCCCGGGUCCGACGAAUCCCGUCUUAAAUACAUUGAAUCCGUCCCCGCCCCCGACGAUCCCGACCUCACUGUCUGCGCCAUUGAGCGUGCCAGGGAGCUUGAGUACCGCUCGCGCGGCGGCGAUGCCGAGGACCUCCGCUUCUCCUUCACAAUCAAUUUCCCCCCGGGCUUCAAGAUCGGAAAGUAUUACCGGAUUGCCGUCUGGAAGUGGCAGCGGCUGCCUUAUUGGUCCCCUUAUGAGGACGUCUCUGGUUAUGAUCUCAGGUCGCUAGAGGCGCAGAAGAGGAUGGAGAAGCGAGCGGUGGCAAUGAUACAUGAGUUUCUAUCGCUUACUGUGGAGAAGAAGACGACGUUGGAGAGGAUCGCUCAGUUCAGAGAGGCAAUGGGGCUGCCGAAGAAGCUUAAGGAGUUCUUGUUGCGGCAUCAGGGGAUUUUCUAUGUAUCAACGAGAGGGAACCAGGGGAAGCUUCACACUGUGUUCCUGAGGGAGGCUUACAGGAAGGGGGAGUUGAUAGAACCUCAUGAGUUAUAUCUUGCAAGAAGAAAGCUUGGAGAGCUGCUGCUGAUGAGCCCCAAGAAGGCAAAUUUUGACAGGAUGUUGACGAGCAUGGGGAGAGGGGAUGGAUUUAGUAGUGGUGGCAAUGGUAGGAGAGAGUUAUUUGGGGAUGACAAUGGUGAUGCAGAUGAAGAUGAUAAGGGUAGUGAAUCUGAUUCUGGGGUUGAGUCUGAGUUCGUUGAAUGAGGAUGUAGAACAUUGUGAUACAUUGGUUGUUGGAUGUGUUCUUGGUGUUGUUCUUUAUCGAGCAUCUUAUCCUUUUUUGAAAUUGGUUUAUUCUGCAGCAGCAAACGCAAAUCAUAACAUUGAUUUGAACAAAGCUGAUUUAUUCAUUAGUAAGGCCGAAGUCAAUGGAGGUUUUAUUGUGAUGAUUUAUGCAUCAAAGACUGGUUUGGUGAUGAUCUUGGGGGGUUGCAUUUUGAGAACAUGAAAGGAAGCUUGAUGAGCAUUUGCUUGUUAAUGAAGUUGUUGGAUUUCGGUGCUAAAGAUAGCUUCUUUAUGGAGUGUUAAGUUCAAGAGUCCAAAUUUUGACAAAAAAGGACUUAAUUUCGGAAGCUGGAUAUGAUUCGGUAGGAACACAGUAAUGUUGUUCAGCUCAGAUGAUAUUUGCUACACUGAAACUUCUCCGACAUUGUAAGCAAGAUACCUCCGCCGUGCCUGUAAGUCGGAAAUUAUCGGCAAUGCAGGUUAGUUAUCACUCAAAGUCUUUUCUGCUGACUUGAAUAACUUGAAGUCGACCUCUCCGAGCUCUUCAUCAUCGGUGACCAUAACAAUGAAGUCAGGUCUUAUUACUUUGAUUAUUAACCGUCUUCUUUGAUGAGGAAUUUCGCAGGUCCAUGGCCUUUCGAGAAAAUUUUCUUUUUUUAAUUUAUGAAUCAGUUAUAUAUUGGUUCAAAUUAUAAUUUUGAACAAAAUUAUCAUAUUAUUUUUACAUUUUGAGUUUUAUACUAGAAAUAAGCUAAUUCAUAUGAAA